AUGAAGGUUGUCGGCGCUAAUAUUCAUUUCCAGAAGUUAGAAGCCAAGUGCUCCUCAUCGACAUUCUUUCAAAGCUAUCUGGAAAUGAUAGCCGCUCAAGAACUCUCAGAAUUUCUUCAAAUGGAGAUUCGCCUCAAAUUCGAGGAAGAAGUUCUUGAAUUCUACAGAAAUGGAGAAGUCAAAACUGCCCAUUCAAAGAAGGACCCACAGAGGACGUUUCCAGUCAUCAAGUCCACUGCUGGGGGUACAAAAGUGAAGCUUUCGCAGAAGAAAUUGGGAGAAAAGCUUCGCCUUCCCAAUUCUGGAACUGAAGUUGGGAAAUUUCAAGUCAAAAAUCUGGACUGGAACAUCAUUGGAAUCUCUGGGCAAGUUCCUUCUGGCCCAGCGAAGAAAGCAGAUCUAAACAACGAUUACAAGUUGGUUUUAGAACUGGUCAUCGCUUGCCUCCAGUGUGGAAGUGGAGGUCACGCCGAUGACAUCACCCAAGAGAGAGCCUUCAUUAUCAACGCUCUCAUUACCAAAACUAAGACUACCAAAAGGAAGAAAGUGGUGUCUCCCUCCAUUGAAGCACCACAGAACCUUGCCUUGAUAUGUUUGGAAGAAGAAGAAGAAGUCUCUGACCAUGGAGAACUUCAAAGGAAGAAGAAGAGGAAAAUCAACUCUCCAUCAACAUCUGGAAAUGUCAAUCCGGAUGAGUUGAAGGAGAAGGAGCCUGCUGAGGAAACCUCUACCCAAAACCGGAGCCCUCAACAAUUGGAAGAAGAAACUCCUCAAGUCCCAAGCCUUCCAACCCCCUCAUCUCAGCCUCAUACAGAUGAUGCUGACAACAAAUUCUUGCAGCUCUACUAUAAUUGGAGAGCUUGGAAAGUUGGAAAUUCAGAAGAGCAACUGUUGGAUUGGGACCAACAGCUGAAGAAUGAGAAGAUUAUCAAGAAGUGCUUAGGUAUUCCAGUCAACCACAACUGUGAAGACAUUUUGGAUGACUACUGGGUAUGGCAAAGGAAUCCUGAAGACCUACAUAUGGAAUACCUGGCCAACACACCAGUUUCAGACUGUGAAGCAGAUGAUGAAGACACUGCUGUCUUCAAGCCAGUCUUCACUAGAGCCACAGAAGAACAAAUGGCUCUCACCUCUGAAGAAAUAGCUGUUUUGGAAGCAACAGCUGAGGAUUUUCCUAUCUUUCUGGAAACCUCACCUGCGUUUGAAAUGGUUCUGACUGAAACUGUUCAAGAGAAGGCAGCCUCUCCCCCACAAGAGCAGAACCAGGAAGCAAAUGAAGAAGAAGAAUUUCUGCAACUGAUCCAAUCUCAAGUGCUCGAGAUCCUCACAACCCCUUGUGAGAUCUCCAACCAGACACAACUUGAGAUUCUAGAAAAGUCAGCAGAAAUUCCGGAACAGUCAGCUAUUCCAGAACCCAUGGAGAAAGCAGUAGAAAUCCAAAGGCACUCUGGAAAAUUUGAGAAGGAAUCUCAGAUGGCAGAAGUGGAGGUCUCUCAAACUCCAAUAGCCAUCUUCGAAGAACCAAAUGAAGCUGAAGAUAGUGACUCCCUCUCCAAAUACAUAUCAAAUUUUGCACUUGAUGCAGCAGAAGGAGAAUUUGAGAGGACACUAAAGGUCACUGAUGAAGAAGAUGUACAAGAAGAUGCUGAAUCUCUUCCUUUGCAACUCUUCCAAAGGACAUCAUCUCCUCAUCAGGUAACCAAUUUUCACUUCCAUAGCUCUUCAACCCCUACCCUUCCGGAUGAGAUACCGGAAAUCUGGACAAAGAAGGUCCAAGAGCUGAUUGAGUCAGCCCUAGUAUCUCAACAUGCCUCCUUUAGGCAAGAGAUAGAGCAAAUGGAAGCUAGGUACAACAAGCUGCUUGAAAAAUCUGAAGAGAAGCACAACACAGACCUCAAGGAAAUAAGCAAAUCAGCAGACAAAACUCUAGAGAUCAUCUCUCUACUGAGUAACACUGUGAGCAACACUAUGGAAAUAUAUGCCUCUGAUAGUCAACUUCAAUUCAAAGAAUUCAACAAAGUCAAAGAGCAAAUAGUGAGUGUCACAGUUAGUCUACAAAAACAAAUGUCCCUUCUCCAAAUGGACAUCAGAUCAGCCCUAGCAGUAGCUUCAGCAAAUCAGGUAGUAAUCAAAGACUACUUGAAGGUGAUCAUUGACAAUCAAAAGGAAGCAUACAAGCUGUUCAGACUUAUUGGUGCACAUUCUGGGAACCGCAAGAUGGAAGUAAUUCUCCAACAACACAGUCCAUCUCCAAUACCGCAGCUCCCUAUUGCAGUCAAAGAAGGAGAAGCAUCUUAUAUCCCUUCUCAUCUGAACAUGACUAAUCUGAUCCUUGAAGCACAGCAAAGAAAUCCGGAAAACUCAGCACAGCACCUAUCCAGUUCAGGACUGGAUGGAACAGAAUUUAUAGUGGGCUAUCUACCUCGGGUGUUAACGGGCCCCGGGGUUGUCACGAGGUUAACGGGCCUCGGGCCCCCUGCUUUGUAAUCGACCGUUCAUUAUUAAUAAAAAAAAAUUUAAUAUAUAUAUAUAUAUAUAUAUAUAUAUGAAAAAUGGUUAGGUCUAGAGAGUGGGGGGAGCUAGGCGAUUCUCGCCGCCGUCCCCAAGACCCCAUCUCGGAAUUCCGGCAACCAAUACAUUGCCACUACAGAUAUACAAACGCAUUUAGAGAUAGGGGGAAGAGAGGCGAGUCAAUUCGCCGACCCCAAGCCCGAAAUCUGGAGCUUUAUAAACACCAAUCCUACAAAUUUCAAAGGAGGUAUAGAGAAAGGGGGGAUAGAGAUGACUCUCGAGGUCGUCCCCAAGAAGGUGUUUCUGAGCUCCGGGAACCAUUGGAACGCCAUUUCUGCAGAGAUGAAAGAAGGUAUGAUAGAGAUUCUUCUCUGUGCAGUGAUGGUAGAGGAAACCGUGGCCAUCAAAGUUGUUUCAAUCUAAGAGGUUCCAAUCUCAGAUGGAGUUCUCCUAAGGCUCUCAAUCGGAGACCUUACAAUUAUUCUCCAGAUGGACGGAUAUCAACCACCACAGAUCAGAGGGUUUCUGAAGUUGGAUACGGAGCUUUGCAAUUCAGUCACCCCCCUUGGCAGACUAGAAACUUGCACGCUUAUUUCCU